GCUCUCUGAGCCAUGGCGGCUUCUAUUUCUCGGCUUCCCUUUUUAUAUCUCUUUGAAAAUCAUCGCAAAUCACAUCAAUUUGAGCCAACCGCAGCCGAUUCAGAUGGACAAGAAGCGACGAAAAGUCAAGAUCGAGGAACAAAAUCAAAUCAAUUCCGCCAUGGAUGACCACGAAACUCCCGUUCUUGAACCUGAUUUGACCAGAGACAUCUUCAAGCAGAUUUGGACCAGAAAAGCUCAAGAGCGUGAAGGAAUCGAUUUUCAUCAGACCGACGCCAUGGAUUCCGAGGUUGUAGCAGGAACAUCAAAGAAGAUUCGACCAACAUUCGCUAAUCCAAAUGCUCUAAAGCUGAGUUGCGAACUCGUUCGGAUUUUCAUUACAGAGGCAGUGCAGCGAGCUGCUACGGUUGCUGAAGGAGAGGGUGGUGCUAAGGUGGAAGCAAUUCAUUUAGAAAGAAUUCUCCCUCAAUUACUCCUUGAUUUUUAAGGUGUUUAACUCACCAACUAAUGCCUUUAAUUUUUGUGAAGAAUCUUGUGAUUAUAGUUUUUUUUUUUUAAUUUGGUAUACAUCAUUAAUUGUAAA